AUGGGUCGGAGAAAGAUUGAGAUCAAGGCCAUCAAAGAUGACCGCAACCGCUCAGUCACGUUCCUGAAACGAAAGGGAGGUCUGUUCAAGAAGGCGCACGAGCUUGCUGUCCUUUGCUCCGUUGACGUAGCUGUCAUUAUUUUUGGCCACAACAAGAAACUAUACGAGUACUCAUCAUGCGACAUGCACGAUGCUCUUGGGCGCUAUCAAUAUUUCGGCCCUCCUCACGAGCAUAAAGGACCGGAAGAUUUCGCGGGUAAGCGAGAGGACGAUGAGGAGGAAGAUGAGGCCUCGCCGGUUCCCGAGGACAUCAAACCUAUUCAGCAGAAUCACCCCGCCAUUCCCCCUCACCUCCAAAACCAGCCCGUCUUCCAGCAUAUGAACCAUGCACCCUCCGCGUCACCUCCGAUGCAUCAUGCCAUGACGCGUCAUGGAACCCCGCAACCGCAAGGCACUUCGCGACCUUCUUCAAGAAAUCAUAUCCGCCGAGUCAGUUCAAACCUAGGCCCCCAGCAACAUGGUACACCUCCACCGCCGCCACCCCCUGGCCCACAAAAUGGCGGGUUUACAUAUAUGCCCAAUCCGUCCAUGUACAACCCGAAUGUUCAUGCAAUGAACCAGCAACCUCGACCAGGACAGUUUGCGCACUACGGACACCCACCGGGACAACACCAAGGGACGCCUCCUAUGCACCCGCACGGUUUGCCACCACAGCAGAUGCCACCACAGCAAAUGCAACAGCAGCAAAUGCAACAGCAGCAAAUGCAACAACAGCAAAUGCAACAACAGCAAAUGCAACAACAGCAAAUGCCACCACAACAAAUGCCACCACAGCACCAGGGCCAACAGCAUUUCCAACAACACGGCCAUCCUGUAGGAAUGCCUCCGGGACCCCACCAACACGUGCAGCAGGCAUACAUGCAGGAACAUGGAAGAAACUCGAUGCCUCCAGGGUUCGCGCCUGAUGGUCACCAAGAACGGCCUGGCUCGGAGCAUCCCCAAGAUGAUUCUUCAGGGGUGAUGAAAGCAGAGCACAGCCAGUCGCCACCCCAGAUGAAGUCGUUAUCGAAAUCACGGAGCAUUUUCACGCCUAUUGAUGAUCGAGGAUCUGUGCUCGCCCGCCACUUUGGAGCUGGAGCGGUAUCAUAUGAGCCUCACAAUAACCACUCUCUUAAGGUUGAAGCACUGCCACAAUCCUCACUUGGUAUUAAACCAAUGCCUGUCAGAGCUGCGACAGAGGCUCCUCGUGCCGGGCCAAUUGCUCCAGCGCCAAAAAUCAAACCACCACCCCGAACUAACAGCGGACCGUUGCCAUCAAAACGACCGCAGUUGAAGGUGCAGAUUCCUAGCGAAACCUCUGAUGGUGGCAGUGCCACGGCCGACUCAUCACGCGACUCCGCUGGGAAUAAAAUCUCCACGCCUGCGAAAGGAAGUGCUGAAAAUGGCCCUCCGGGCGUGGUCUUACCCCCUCCGUCGCCAUCAGCCGGUGCAAUACUUAGUGCGGGAGCGCAGGGGCCUCCAAAUCCGUUCGCGCGACCGCCUCCUCCCGUUGCCACAACAAGAAACGACUCUUACGGCAGCAAUAGCGGAAAUCCGAACAAUGGGAACAACUCGAAUAACAUCGAAACCCCUAUCUCCGCCCUGCCGAGUCGUUUUGUAUCCGAUGCUCUCCUCCCGUCACCUUCCAGCUUUUUCCCUGAAUGGGGUUUUAGCCGGUCCGGCCCAGACUCCAACAUGCUGCCCAGUCCCCUCACCUUCCCCACUCCGGCAGUGCAAAGCGGUCCCAGCUUUUCUCGAGAAGACGAACAAGACAAAAAGAGAAAAAGCCCCGAAAGUGGAUCCGUAGGGGAAGGUGCACAUAAAAAGCCGAAAACCUGA